CUACCAGGCAUGGCAUGAUAUGAUGACGCCCACGUCGUUGCAUGAGACUGGCAAAGUAACGCGAUAGCUGCCAGUUAAUCGGAAUCCCCGAAAAUGGCGGCGCCGCCAGAGGAGGAGAGCUUGGAGUCUCGCGUCAACAAAGCCACCAACCCUCUGAACAAGGAGGCGGACUGGGACAGUAUCCAGGGCUUCUGUGAACAGCUCAACAAUGAGCCUGAAGGUCCUCAACUGGCUACCAGACUUUUGGCCCACAAGAUCCAGUCACCACAAGAAUGGGAGGCCAUGCAAGCACUAAUGGUUCUAGAGAUGUGCAUGAAGAACUGUGGGAAGAGGUUCCACAAUGAAGUGGGCAAAUUCCGCUUCCUCAACGAGCUCAUCAAGGUGGUCUCACCCAAGUACCUGGGUACUCGGGCCCCAGAGCCAGUGAAGAAGAAGGUUCUGGAGGUGAUGUUCAGUUGGACGGUGGGUCUGCCUGACGAGCCCAAGAUAGCAGACGCCUACCAGAUGCUGAAGAAACAAGGCAUUGUGAAGCAGGACCCGGUACUUCCUGAUGAGCCCCUUCCACCCCCUCCGCCCAGAACUAAGAGCGUCAUAUUUGAGGAUGAGGAGAAGUCCAAGAUGCUGUCUCGGCUUUUGAAUAGCACUCACCCUGAAGAUCUAAGAGCAGCAAACAAACUCAUUAAGGAAAUGGUGCAGGAGGACCAGAAGCGAAUGGAGAAGGUGUCUAAGCGUGUGAACGCCAUCCAGGAGGUGAAGGAGAGUGUGGGCCUGCUGACCCAGCUACUGGGAGAUUAUAGCAAGGAGAGCAGCUCCCAGAGCAAUCAGGAACUCAUCAAGGACCUAUACCAGAGCUGUGAAAAGAUGAGGCCUACUUUGUUCCGAUUGGCUAGCGACACAGAGGACAACGAUGAGGCCUUGGCUGAAAUCCUGCAGGCCAACGACAGCCUGACUCAGGUCAUCAACCUGUACAGACAGCUGGUGAAGGGAGAAGAGGUGAACGGAGACAGCACAGCCAUGCCCACACUACCAGGAAGUAGCACAGCCCUCCUAGACCUGACAGGGUUAGACACAUCGCCCACUGGACUUCCCUCCUACCCAGACACCCCCUCACUACAGACCCCGUCACAAGAAAUGGGUAUCAGCCUGCUAGAUGAUGAGCUCAUGUCACUAGGACUCAAUGACGUAACGCCCAACUCUACCCACACUCCUCAGUCGGGGGACUGGAACUCCUUUCAGUGUUCUGACAGUGUAGAGCCAGUCGUCCCAGCGGUGCCUACUGCAACAGUGUUGCUACCGGCCGUGACCCCUAUCCCCCAGGCUCCAUCAGGGGGGGCCCCCGCUGCUUCCCCUAAAGCCCUGGAUGAGUUAGACCUGCUGGGCAAGACCCUGCUGCAUCAGUCCCUACCCCCGGGGAUGCAGCACGUCAAUUGGGAUAAACUGCAGCCCCAGUCCAGACCCACCCUGCGAGACCUCCAGACCAAGUCCAGUACCAACACUACUAGCACCUCCACCCCCAGCCCUGUCCUGGCCUUCCCCUCUGAGCAGCCUGGGUCUCUCCUAGACUCCCUGCCCAGCCUCGGGCCUCCUACCCCAGCCCCCCAGAACGACAUCUCCUUAGCUAACGUGACUGUGCCCCUGGAAUCCAUCAAGCCCAGCAGCUUGUUACCAGUGACUGUAUUUGACAAGCACAGUUUGCGGGUGCUGUUCCACUUUGCCCGUGACUCUCCUCCCUCUCGGCCUGACGUGCUGGUAGUGAUCAUUUCCAUGUUGUCCUCCGCCCCCAUACCAGUCACCAACAUCCGUUUCCAGUCUGCAGUACCCAAGGUGAUGAAGGUGAAGCUACAGCCUCCUUCGGGAACUGAGCUUCCAGCCUUCAACCCCAUCUUACCCCUAGCCGCCAUCACACAGGUCCUACUGCUGGCCAAUCCUCACAAGGAGAUGGUCCGGUUGCGAUACAAGCUCACAUAUGACCUGGGAGAAGAAUCACAUGACGAAUCCGGCGAUGUAGAACAGUUCCCCCCUCCAGAUACCUGGGGGAAACUUUAGUGGGACUGAUCAACUUCCUGUCACCUGAUCCGCUGCUUCCCUUAGGUGUAGGUCGAAGGUCCCCCCCAAGCACUGGUCCAGGGAAAGAUGGCGUUUUUACAUUGUGAUGGUUAUGGGAAAUCUGGUCUUAGACCUGUUAUUUGGGAUCGGUUUCUCCUUUAAGGGUCACACCAAAUGUGUGCUGUUGACUACUGACGUUUUCGCGUAAUUCUACAUGUAAAAUCGGUUUGCACUCAGUUUUCAGAUUAUGUCCGGUACUCUGUUCAGAGGUGCUAAGUACACUCGGCAGGCAAACGCUAUUGGUGUGUCCGAGCCCUUAUGUCUUCCCAUUUGUUAUGGAUUGAAUAUCGGCAGGGAAAGUGGAUCCUAGAUAAGUUAUUUGUGGGCAGUUUCUCCCUUAAGCCUUCCCAUGUGUCCCAUCCAUGAUCCACCACCACGUCAUCUUUCAUACUCCAUUUUGUGUUUUUCUUGACUGUACUACAAUCAGCCCUUAGUCUCCAAUGCAUUACUGUAUAAUAACCACCUCACGUGAUCUGUCCAAAACAAAUCAUUGCUGUGAGUUCUGAGAGAAGUCAAAGCCUUUUAAACUGAAUGUGUGUGGAACUGUUUCUCUCAGGCUACUACGCCUGAUAGCAUUAUUCUGCACAAAAUAUGACACUCAAAUAGUGUAGUCCCAAAGUAUUGUAUUAUUUGUACGGUGUGAGACCAGUUGGGUCUGUGACUGUUACAUGAUAAGUUCGGCAGUAGGUGUCUGAAGCUGUAACAAAUGUAUAUCCUGUCCAAUCUUCUGUGAAGGAAUAUCCAAUCUGUGACACUAUUAUUCGUUCUAUUGAAAUCACAUGGUUAUGUUUUGAUCUAAACAGCAGUUUGUUGCUUUUCCUUCCACUACACUGUGCAUGCACUUCCUGUUAGUUUGGUUUUGUACAUGAAUAUGAUUCCCUCAUUUGCUGUCCUCUGUUCCACCUUCAGCUGUUGACGUUGACCCAAAGGGAGAGGCGUUAGUUCAGUACUGAGUUGUCAGUGCUGACACCGCUUAAAUCUGCCGUAUGUGCCUAAAGCUGAGAGUUUGUUCUUUAUGUAUCUUGGUAUUUAAUUUUGUUUACCUUCCAUGUACAUACGAAUGCUAAUUUGUUUUCCAGUUUCAGAGUCGGACUACUGAUUUUCCUAUGAAAUUUGGUUAUGGUCAUUGAUGCGUCCGUUCAAUCAUAUCCACACGGGAGUGGAGGCGGAAGCUUUUGCUUAGUACCACACCCGAUUCAACCAAUAAAAUGAUUUAUAGAAGACUAAGAUUAGUUGAUCAGGUACCAUGUUAGUGCUUGGCUAGAAGUAAAGCCAGCAGCCCCACCUGUCUAUUGCAGAUACAGUGGCCCAACCAUGCAGCAGCUGCAUCUGACGUCAUUCUGCAGCUCCCCUCCACAUUCCACCUCCCUGCCUUUAUUCCCUAGCCUGCUUCCCAGAUCUGUUUGUGCUGUCUUGUGAACUCAAUGACUGUAGAAGCUGGUAAAACAGCCCAAACAGAUCUGGGACUCAGGCUCCCUGCUCUGACUUUGUAAAUAAUAAGAAUGGUUCUGCAAUUAUGUACAUUUGCCAAAAAAAAGUAGAAUUAAAGAGAGCAAAUAAAUAUUGAUGGGGGAAUGGUGAGAAUGUAGUGCAAAUAUGUAUUUAAGGGAAAUAAAGUUAUUCUUUUUCUUGGGGGUUUAAACUGUCUUGGUUGUCAAUGAAUGUUCACUCAUGCUUACCUAUCCUGUACUCCGUACAACAAUUACAAGGAUUUUGGUUUCAGAAACUUUAUUGAAAUCCUGUGAAAUAAAGCAAUGUAGAAAAAGAAAAGUAUGAAUUACCUCUUUCCAAUACAAUGUUGAUUAAACAUUCAAAGCAACACUCAAUGUGCUGACUGAUGGGA